AUGGAGAAAGCUUUUGUGGGUGAGAGGAAUGAAUCACAGCCACAGAAUUUAGUUCCAUUUGAGAUUGACAGUGGCGCUGCUGUGUCCAAUAUAGCCAAAGAGUGGGUACAUAGGUUAAAACUAAAUAUGGAACCAUGCAAUAAAAAGCUAAGAGCUUAUGAUAAUAUGAGAAUUGAUGUCUUAGGCAAAGUGUUAGCUCCUGUACUUUAUAAUACCACAAAGGUUUCUCAGCGCUUACCUUUUGGCUUGUCCUCAUCUGGUAUUUUCCAAAGGUUUAUUUCUCAACUGUUGGCAAAUGUGGAGGGUGUAGCUGCUUAUUUAGAUGAUAUUAUUGUAAGUGGUGCUACCAAAAAGGAGCACGAUCACCGAUUAAGAAAGGUUUUGGAACAGAUUCCAUGUAAUACUAAUUCUAGAAUACAAAGAUGUGCUUUGUUGUUUUUGUUGUUAUCUCAGUAUGAUUAUGAAUUAGUUCACAAACCUGGGAAGGAUGUAAUUGCUGAUGCCGUAAGCAGAUGGCCACUUGAUGAUGAUUUUCAUUCUGGUACAUCAGCUGAGUGUGUUAAAUUGGUUGAAUUACUUGAUUUUGAUGACAUCUCUUUUCAGGCAGUUAAACAUUUCACCAAUAAGGAUGCUGUAUUGUCUCAGUUGAAAAAUUGUUUGAAGCUGGGAUGGUCAAAGGAACAUAAUAUGUCACUUCUGGAAUAUGCCUCUGUAAAAGAUGAUUUAUCUCUCCAUAAUGAUGUAAUAUUGUAUAGAAAAAGGGUUUUGAUUCCCGUUGAGUUAAGAUGUAAGGUUUUGAACCAUUUGCAUUGUGGGCAUAAUGGUGUAAAUGCUAUGAAAGCCGAGGCAAGGAAUUGGGUAUGGUGGCCAAAGAUAGACCAGGACAUAGGAGAAGUCACAAAGAAUUAUAGCAUUUGUUUUAAGAAUUUUACGAAUCCUCAAGCUCCUACAUUGUCUUGGCCUAUUGUUGGUAACCCAUGGUCUCGACUGCACAUAAAUUAUGCAGGACCUAUUGAUGGCAAAUAUUUUUUUAUUAUUGUAGAUUCUCAUAGCAAAUUUUUGGAUAUUCGGUUUUCUAGUUCCACUAUGUCUGCUGUUACCAUUGGUCAUUUGAGGAAGACAUUCUGUAAUUUUGGUAUACCUGAUAUCAUUGUAUCGGAUAAUGCUUCAAAUUUUGUUUCUCAAGAGAUGGAGGAGUUCUUGCAUAAAAAUAGUAUUAAGCAUGGAACACUAGCUCCUUAUCAUCCAUCCUCCAAUGGUCUGGCUGAAAGGGCUGUAAGAACAUUCAAGGAGGGCCUGGGAAAAUUUAAGGAGGGAGAUAUUCAGACCAGAAUUUGUAGAAUUUUGUAUAAUUAUAGGACUGUGAAUUCUUCCACUGACAAUAAUAAUAGGGGGGCUGAAGUAACUGUAAAUAAUGAUAGUGAAUGUUCAGUACAACCACCAAUGUUAAGGCGAUCCAGUCGAAUAAGUAAACCUCCAGAUCGACUUGAUUUAUAA